CAUAUCAUAUAUAUCUUCUCCAUACUGUGUAUUACAUUUUAGUUGUCAACUAAAUGUGCAGUGUGAUUAUAGUAACAGCAUCCGACUGUUGUGCAAUCCGUAUUAAACGUGUGUCGAACUAAUCGUGAAGAUCUUCGACAGAUAUUAUUAUUGUGUUAUUAAUAUUUAUUUAGAAAAAAUAUCUGCUGGAAAAAUGCAGGUUUUAUUGCAUCUGGCUGUUAUUUUAGCAGCACUAUUCAUUUUCGUAAGUGCUCAAAGGCCAUUUUAUGCAUCUGGCAAUAGCUACCCUUCAGUGUUACCACAAUAUUUAGAAAGUAAUUCUGAAGUCGACAACAGAUUUAACGGGAAUGAUAAUUCAUACGCAGCUUUUGAAAAGGAUCCUAAGUACAACGUCGAUAAAGAUUUGGUCGAGAUCGUUAAAACGUAUCCACGAGAUAAACAACCAUAUUGGUACAUAAAUGCUGAGCAACUAAAUAGAUUUAAAGGCCGACCGCAACAAAAUGUUCGCAAACUACGAUCUAUUUCAUCUAAAUUGGUAUUUCACUAAUUGCCUGAAAUCGUUUAUUUUUUUAAGUUAUUCUGAAUCGUCUAAUUUACUUACUAACAAAAGUAAAUUUGGUUUAUAAUUUAAAACAUUGGUACUGACAUAAAAAUACCUAUUAUUUAUUUCAUUUCAUCAGCCAUGGUUACUUAUUGUUAUAUUGUAUUUAUUAUUUAA